GAGGAACUGACAGAGAAGAAAGGGAGGGAUUGUGUGUUCUAGAAGAAAAGGGGGCACUCAGAUAUAACAUGGGAGGGGGAAGAGGGGGUUUUACAGAAGGGACUGGGUGUUAGGAUAGGGUCCAGGGAAGCCUUGCUAGAAUAUGAAGUUCAUGUAAAGAGUCUAUACAAUGGUCAUACAGGAGCUAAAAAGUCUAUAGACAUAGAAAAUGCUGCUAAAAGUUAAUAAUUCUCCAUCUAUCCACCACUUCUCUCCUCUGCACACAGGGUUAACCUCUUACAACGUGACUUAAAAAGACAGACAGUCCAUCCAAUGGCAUGCAAAGGCUUGUAGAUGGGGUUUUAGGCACAGGAGUGAGCUAGGCUUCUAUUACUCUGUAUUAGAUCUUCUUCUGUGGUGGAACAUUGCACAUAGGACUUGAUCAGUGUUUGUCACUUUCUGACUGUUUUGUGGCUUCAUCUACCAGGGAGGAAAGCAGAGACCUGCUGUGACAGUACUGGCAGCAGAUGCGGAUUGCUUUUCUACCAGGAUCCUUCUAAGCAUAUUGCUGCAUUUCAAGAAAUCAACAUGUCUAAUUCAGACUCUGAAGAUGACGGGACCCCCAGACGUAGGUUCUCCUUAGAAGUUCAUGACAAGGAUUCAAUUGCUGCCUUUGGGAAAGAAGAUAAAGAUGGGAAAAGAGAAGCAAAACCCCCGAUGGAUUCAGCACUGCAGAAAGAAAGUGACAAUAUUCCCCCAACUAUUGGCUUCAACUUUGAUUUUUUGGGGCCAGCGCAAGUAAAUGGUGGCAAAGCUCCUGACAUUGAUCCUAAAGAUUGCUACAACAGAGAGAGAAUAUUUGCUGCAGUAGCCAAUGAAGAUACUGAAGACCUGGCUGGACUACAAAGCUACCUGCAGAAAACCAUGAAAAAACUAACUAAUAGUGAAUUUACAGAUCCUGAUACUGGAAAGACAUGCUUACUAAAGGCCAUGUGGAAUUUAAGAAACGGGAGGAACGACACCAUCCCAAUAUUGCUGGAGGCUGCAAAGAACACUGGCCAUUUGGAACAAUUGGUUAAUGCAGGAUAUACUAAUGCAUAUUAUCAUGGACAGACAGCACUUCACAUAGCAAUAGAAAGGAGAAAUUUACCUCUAGUGAAGCUUUUGAUGGAGAACAAGGCUGAUGUCCAUGCAUCGGCAGAUGGGCUUUUUUUCCAGCCCAAAAAGAAAGGUGUCAGUUUCUACUUUGGAGAACUCCCUCUCUCACUUGCUGCCUGCACUAACCAGCUUAACAUUGUGAGCUAUCUCCUAAAUAACCCACAUCGGAGGGCUGAUUUGACUGCCAAGGAUACCCAUGGAAAUACAGUUCUGCAUGCUCUGGUCUUAGUGGCUGAUAACACUGAAGAGAACACUGAGAUUAUUACUAAAAUGUAUGAUGACAUUCUGAAGAUGUCAGUCCAGAUUGAUCCACAGAUGAGACUUGAAGAUCAGACUAACAUAGAUGGUCUAACACCUAUGAAGCUGGCAGCGAAACUGGGUAAACUUGAGUUGUUGAAGCACAUAAUUCGAAGGGAAAUUGAAGAGCCAGAGUAUAGAUAUUUGUCUCGAAAAUUCACUGAAUGGACUUAUGGCCCAGUUAUUACAUCUCUAUAUGACAUCUCGUCCGUGGAUACACAUGAGCCGGACUCUGUUUUGGAAAACAUUGUAUUCAAGAGUAAAGCCUAUAACCGACACAAAAUGAUAGUCCUGGAACCAUUGAACCAUUUGCUGCAGGAAAAGUGGGACUCCUUUGCUGGAAAGAUAUUUUAUGUAAAGUUUAUCCUGUACAUUGUAUAUAUGAGUAUAUUCACAGCCACCGCUUACCACAGGCCUCUGGAAGGACAGCCACCAUUUCCACUACAAGGGACAGUCAAAGACAAUGCACGUGUGGCAGGAGAAGUCUUCAUUAUGCUUGGAGGAAUUUACAUCUUCAUUUGCCAGAUCAUAUAUUUUUGGAAGAGACGACCUUCUCUGCAAAUAUUAAUGAUGGAUGGCUACUUCGAAAUUCUUUUCUUUCUACAAGCGAUUCUUCUGCUGUUCAGUGGUAUCAUCUACCUUGCAGGAAAUGAAGUCUAUGUGGCUUUCAUGGUGUUUUCGUUGGUCAUUGGUUGGGUGGAUAUCUUAUAUUACACCCGUGGCUUCCAGCAGACUGGAAUUUACAGUGUGAUGAUCCAAAAGACGAUUCUGCGAGACAUGCUCCGCUUCCUGCUGGUCUACAUAGUCUUCCUUUUUGGUUUUGCAGCAGCUUUGGUAACACUUAUCGGUGAAGCACCAGAAAAGGUGGAAAACAGCACCGAAACUAGUGAAAAAGAAGCAGCAAACUCUUAUUCUGGUCUCUACAUCACUUCAUUGGAGCUAUUCAAGUUCACCAUUGGCAUGGGAGAUCUGGAAUUUAAUGAGAAUCUGAAGUUCAAGCACUUCUUCAUGUUCCUGCUCAUCCUGUACGUGGUCCUCACUUACGUUCUCCUUCUUAACAUGCUCAUUGCCUUAAUGAGCGAAACUGUCAACAAGGUGUCUAGUGAGAGUAAGAACAUUUGGAAACUCCAGAGAGCUGCUACAAUAUUGGAUAUUGAGAGGUUUCUGCCAAGGUCCAUUCGGAAAAAACUGAGAUGUGGUCGCUGCCUUACAGUGGGGAAAACACCUGAUGGAAAAAUAGAUGAACGAUGGUGUUUUAGGGUGGAGGAAAUGCAAUGGGGAUCAUUUGGAAAAAAUCAAGUCAGCCUCAAUGAGGAACCUGGUGACAAAGAAAAAGCACUGAGGUCAAUAUACAAACAACCGAAAGGGUGGAGCCAUUGGGUAACCAGAGCUCAAGAGAGAGCACAUGAAGAAGAGCAAGUGCCCUUAAAUUCCGUGUCCACAAGUCCAUCGGAUAAAGUCUAAGAUAGAUGUCAUAUUCUAUAUUCAGUUGUAAAUGUUUACUGAUGAUACAUCUCACCAAUAUUCACAAUGUUCCAAAAAAGUUGCUAUGGCUGAGAAGAUACAAAUGCGCUUCAAAUGUUGUAAUUUGCCAUGGCAAGAUCUGUGCCAGGCCGUAUUCAUUACAUCUAGGCUUACAGUAGAGAGAACUGGAGUCUAGUGCUGGAAUUCUUCAAUGAACAAAAUGUGCCAUAUUUUUAUAUUUCUUCUUAUUGUCUUCUUUCCUGUCAUCACAGAGCAAUGCUAUGGGGCAGUGUUUCCUAACAAGUGUGCCUCCAGCUGUUGUAAAACAACAAAUCCCAGCCUUUGGCUGUCCAGGCAUGCUAGGAGUUGUAGUUUUGCAACAGCUGGGGGCACACUAGUUGGAAACCACUGCUAUAGGGAGAGUCUCUCUGUGGUUGGCUGGUAAAAUGGUUCCCCGGCCUUAGCCACACUAUACACAGCAAUUCUAUUAGCAGAUGGAUUGGAUCCCUUCCUUCUCCUAUGUAGAGUAGUGGGCAAUGUGUGAGACAAAGAGAAGAGACUCACAGUCUGCCACUGGUAACACUGGCACAGUGGCCUUCCUUUUCCAGUUAGAAAGGACGUGUCAUUCAAAUGCAUAUAGUGCUAUAUUGGCUGCCUGUUAUUAUCACUACAUUCUAACUCCAUUAUACCAAAGAAAAAGUAGCUGGAUUGCAUAAAGAAGAGUAAGAUCUGGUGUAACUGACCUAUUUAUCGAAUCAGCAUCUGUCCGGGAAAAUCCAUUUUGUAGCAGAAACACACUGUAAGGGCUCAUUCAUACUAUGUUUUUCAGAGUGGAAUAAAGUACAAUAGCCUCCCAUUGUUCUCACUGGCAUUCUGCUGCACCAUUUACACUUCGGUAUUUCCACGACAGAACGUCCGGACCCUAGACAUUCUUUUGGCAGAAUCUGCUAGGAAAGGCAUCUAUUAAGAUGGCGCAUUUCCACGCGGUCCAAGUGAUUCUCCAGAAGGAAUCAGCUCAAAAUUAGCAUGGAAUGUGCUAUGCACAUUUUGGUGCGGAUUAUCCUUUGAUUUAAAAUUUAGCUUUUAUGCGAAAUCGCUCUGAAAAGUGACCUGAAUUCCAAUGUAGUGUUUUCUGAAAACUACAGGUAUUUUUAGAGAUUUUUCAUUAAAGUCAAUAAAAGAAUACAGUGGCAUGGUUUUUGACAAGGUUUUGGCACUUUUUUCCCCCCUUGUUUACAUACCCUUAGGCCAUGAGAAAUUCUGUUGAUUUCAGAGGGAUUCUGCUGCACUGUGCACACAGUGGAACUUCACUGUGGAAAUCCCAAUUUCAGAGUCUGCAGAAACAAUAAACCUGUUCAUUGUUACUGUGUAUUCUGUUUGGAAAUGCAUUGCUGUCUAUGGAGAUGGCGCAUUUCUGAGUGGUCCUAGUGCCAUCGGAACAUGCAAAUGUGUGAAACGUCCGCCUAUGUUUUCCGGGUGGACAUUCUGCACAUUAUAUGCUGUGUGAACAUGGCCUUUGGCAGGAGCUGAACAGAGACUCUGGAUUUCCCCUGAUUUCUGGUAAAAUCACAGCAGUAUUGUCACUUUUGUACAACCCAAAUUGCUGCCGUAUCAAGGAAAAGGUUGAUAGCGACUUGCAACACUUACACCUAUAUUUCUAGAAGAUACUGGAAUACACCACCCUGCCAAGAUAUUGGCCUGCCAAAUAAAUGACAUCAUAGCCACUUUAAUUUACAUUAGUAGUAAUGCCUAAGUAUCACGGUGCAGUGGAAACUGUUAGUUAAUGUGCUGGACCUUUAUAAUUGUCUGCUGCUGUAUGUGAAAUAUUCUGCUUUAAAUCUACUUGUCCUCUAUAUCUGCAAAAUAUAACCUUUGCACGUUGUCAGUAGAUAUAAAAAUCAGCCGGUUUAUCCAUUUAUUUUAUUAGCUGCACUUUAGGAAAGAUGUUGGCUUUUAUAUACCUGUAUUUUUUAUGGAAUCAUGCAUUUAUAUCUGUCUUACAUGUAUAUUCAUAAUAAAUAUUGUUUACAUAUCA